CCCAGCGCCGGGCGUACCGGCCCCAGGCGGCCCCAGGAAGGGAGGCGCGGCGGGGUGGCGGCUGCGGGGCCCCGGCGAGCCGUGGGCGCCCGGGACUGCGCCUCCCGCGGCUGCGGGAGAAGCACGGUGCUGCAGCUCCCGGCAGGCGCGGCGGCAGCACCGGCUGAGGCGGCGGCGGCGGCGGCGGCGGCGGCCGCAGCAGCGCGGGGUCCCGCCGGGCGGCGCCUGGGUCUGAAGAAGCGAGAAGCAGCAGGAACCUCCGACGAGCCGCGCACAGGUGUGAAGGAACCCAUCAGCUCGUGCUAUGGCCGACGAAGGGACACGCCUUUUCCGGGCCGUUUGCGUGGCCCUGCUGUGAUGUGAGCCGAGCCGUGACUGUCAGACACUUGCCCCCUCCCCUCGCUAAGCCCUCCAGGCACAACGCCUGCCCCUCUGUGUGUCUGUGUCCUGUCCUCCUCCUGCCAAGGCGAACGGCCCCGUCUCCAGCCGGCACCCCUCGUCCUCGAGCCUGGACAUGAGCGCCGGCAGAGCUGAUGACAGCCAGGGCUCCCGAGGGACGUGGGGCCCCGUGGGGCCCGGCCCCCAGGAGCAGGUCCUCUCAUGAUGCUGGCGCCCAGGAGUGAGCACCAUGCCCAUCACCCAGGACAAUGCCGGGCGGCACCUGCCCCUGCUCUGCCGGUGGCUGGAGAACAGCGUGCGGGAGGGCGGGGACGGGCCGGAGCAGCGGCUGUGCCAGGCGGCCAUCCAGAAGCUGCGGGAGUACAUCCAGCUGAACUUCUCCGUGGAGGAGAGCGCGGGCCCCCCUGACCACAGCCCCCCGGGGAUGGAGAUCUGUACUGUGUACCUCUCCAAGGAGCUGGGGGACACAGACACUGUGGGCCUCAGCUUUGGGAACAUCCCUGUGUUCGGGGACUACGGAGAAAAGCGCAGGGCGGGCAAGAAGCGGAAAACCCACCAGGGGCCCGUGCUGGACGUGGGCUGCAUCUGGGUGACGGAGCUGAGGAAGAACAGCCCGGCCGGCAAGAGUGGGAAGGUCCGGCUGCGCGACGAGGUCCUCUCCCUGAACGGGCAGCUGAUGGUCGGCGUGGACGUCAGCGGGGCCAGUUACCUGGCUGAGCAGUGCUGGAAUGGCGGCUUCAUCUACCUGAUCAUGCUGCGUCGCUUCAAGCACAAAGUCCAUUCUCCUUACAAUGGCAACAGCAGCAACAGCUCUGAACCAGGAGAGACGCCUACCUUGGAGCUGGGUGACCGAACGGUGAAAAAGGGGAAAAGAACAAGGAAGUUUGGGGUCAUUUCCAGGCCUUCUACCCACAAGGCCACUGAAGAAUCCAAGAGCAGCACCAGCUGUGAGUUGGACAAUGACCCCAUCUGUGAGCCGGACAAUGGCCCAGACCCUGAACUUGGCAAUGGCCAUGCCUUUGAGCUAGAAAACGGCCGAGAUUCUCUGAAGGAGGUGGUGGCUGGAUCCCAUCUAGACGGGUCAGAAGUGGGCAGAGGGACCGAGCAGAGGGUUCCAAAGACAGACGUCUCCCUGCCCACAAGUGACGACAAACGGCACUUCUCAAAGUCGGGGAAGACGGACUUCCAGUCAAGUGACUGCCUGGCACGGGAGGAAGUCGGCCGGAUAUGGAAGCUGGAGCUGCUUAAAGAAUCGGAUGGGCUGGGAAUUCAGGUUAGUGGAGGCCGAGGAUCGAAGCGCUCACCUCACGCUAUCGUUGUCACUCAAGUGAAGGAAGGAGGUGCCGCUCACAGGGACGGCAGGCUGUCCUUAGGAGACGAGCUGCUGGUAAUCAAUGGCCACUUGCUGGUCGGGCUGUCCCACGAGGAAGCUGUGGCCAUUCUUCGCUCAGCCACGGGAAUGGUUCAGCUGGUCGUGGCCAGCAAGGAAACCUCCGCAGAGGACCUCCUGAGGUUAACAUCUAAGAGUUUGCCUGACCUGACCAGCUCGGUAGAGGACGUGUCCUCUUGGACUGACAACGAAGACCAGGAGCCAGACGGGGAAGAGGACGAAGGAACUGGCUCGUCUUCCAUCCGGGGAGCAAUCCCCGGGGCAGAUGAGCCCCACGACCCGGGCGGCUCCGAGGACGCCAAGGGAAACCUGGAGAGCCCCAAACAGGGCGGCGGGAAGAUGAAGCUCAAGAGUCGUCUGUCCGGGGGUGUACACCGUCUAGAAUCUGUUGAAGAAUAUAACGAGCUGAUGGUCCAAAAUGGGGACCCCCGGAUCAGGAUGUUGGAGGUGUCCCGAGAUGGCCGGAAGCACUCUCUCCCGCAGCUGCUGGAAUCUUCGAGCACAGCACAGGACUACCACAUCGUGAAGAAGUCCACCCGCUCCCUGAGCACCACGCAGGUGGAGUCGCCCUGGAGGCUCAUCCGGCCGUCGGUCAUCUCCAUCAUCGGGCUGUACAAGGAGAAGGGCAAGGGCCUGGGCUUCAGCAUCGCUGGUGGUCGAGACUGCAUUCGAGGACAGAUGGGGAUUUUCGUCAAGACCAUUUUCCCGAACGGAUCGGCUGCGGAGGACGGGAGACUCAAGGAAGGGGAUGAAAUCCUAGAUGUAAAUGGAAUACCAAUAAAGGGCUUGACGUUUCAAGAAGCCAUCCAUACCUUCAAGCAAAUCCGGAGUGGAUUAUUUGUGUUAACGGUACGCACAAAAUUGCUGAGUCCAAGCCUCACGCCCUGCUCAACACCCACACACAUGAGCAGAUCCAGCUCCCCAAACUUCAACGCCAGCGGGGGAACCUCCUCAGCAGUGGGCUCCGAUGAAAGCAGCCCCUCCUCCCUGGGUCGGAAGGCCCCGGGGCCCAAGGACAGAAUCGUCAUGGAAGUGACGCUCAACAAAGAGCCCAGAGUCGGAUUAGGCAUCGGUGCCUGCUGCCUGGCUCUGGAGAACAGCCCCCCAGGCAUCUACAUCCACAGCCUCGCCCCCGGCUCCGUGGCCAAGAUGGAGAGCAACCUGAGCCGCGGAGAUCAAAUCCUCGAAGUGAACUCCGUCAACGUCCGCCAUGCCGCUUUAAGCAAAGUCCACGCCAUCUUGAGCAAGUGCCCCCCAGGACCCGUUCGCCUCGUCAUCGGCCGGCACCCCAAUCCAAAGGUUUCCGAGCAGGAAAUGGAUGAAGUGAUAGCACGCAGCACUUACCAGGAGAGCAAAGAGGCCAAUUCCUCUCCUGGCUUAGGUACCCCCUUGAAGAGCCCCUCUUUUGCAAAGAAGGACUCCUUGGCCUCUGACUCUGAACUCUCCCAGUACUUCGCCCAGGACGUCCCAGGCCCCUUGUCGGACUUCGUGGUGGCCGGCUCCGAGGACGAGGAUCACACGGGCAGCGGCUGCAGCACCUCGGAGGACGGCAGCCUGCCACCCGGCCCCUCCGCUCCCAAGGAGCCCGGAAAAGCCAGGGCCAACAGCCUUGUGUGUCUGGGAAGCCAGCGCAGCUCCGGGCUCUUCCACAAGCAGGUGACGGUUGCCAGACAAGCCAGCCUCCCCGGGAGCCCGCAGGCGCUCCGAAACCCUCUCCUCCGCCAGCGGAAGGUGGGCUGCUACGAGGCCGACGACGCCAGCGACGAGGGCGAGUUCGGCGGCAGCGAAGGCGACUGCGUCUCCCUCCCAGGGACCCUCCCCGGUCCCGGCAGGCCUCGGACGGGGGACGACUCUCGGCCUGUCUCCAUGACCUCUUCCAAGGUCACGGGCGUCAAGAACCAGGAGGAACAUCCCCCGAAAAUGCCGGUCAGCAAGGCCUCCUCAGUGCCUCUCCUGGGCAGUGCAUCACACUUAGAGGGGGGUGUCCCGGGGGACAUGGGGGACACUCUUUUGCAUGCGGCCAGCCUGCUGUCCUCUGCAGAGGCCCCCAGGGGCAGCUCGGGCGGCUCGGGGCGGAAGGAACUGUCGGGAUCCAGGAGUUCGCCCAAACUGGAGUACAGAGCCAGUCCCCGGAGUCCCGUGAGUGUGGACAGCCCCGGUUCCCCCCAGAAGGAUGGAAGCCUGGGGUCCAGGCACAGACCUGUGGCCAGGGUCAGCCCACACUGCAAGUGGCCAGAGGCCGACGCCAGGCCCAGCAGCUCGGAGACAGUGACCCUGACGGGGGGAGCUGACGACCCAUGUGGUCUGGAUUCCCCAGUCCAGGGCGCUUCAGGGCAAGUGACCACGACUGGUCUUCGACCCGGUGGAACUGUGGAAAAGGAACCUCCGGGGAGGCUGACGGCCGGGCAUGGGCCCCACCCAGGUGCUGGCCGCCUCGCCGAGAACCUGCCCAAAGCUGCAGCAGACCAGGGGCGGCAACAACCCGGGACAGAACCCCACUCCAGUCCCCAGCCCUCUGUCACAGCCUCCCAGGGCGACCUGGCCUCCGGCUCCCCCACCCCUCUGAGCUCGGUGAAGACACGGCCCCCACUCAGCGUGGACUCGCAUCCUGUCUGUGGCAUUCCACCUGUCUCCCAGAUGAGCCCCGUCUCUGCGCGAAGCAGACUGGAUGGCUCCCCCGACCGUGUCCCUUCCCCAGGGCUGAAGGGGGCCACGCACCCUAACCCCAGCAAGACCUCAGGGGACACAGAACAAGUGAGGCAGCCUGAGGACCCCGGAGGGCCAGUGUCACCUAGGGUCCCCAGGUCUGAGGACAGAUGUCCCGUCGGCCUUGCCCAGGACCACAGCAUCUCCCCAGGGAAGACCACAGCGGCUCAUCCCGACUUCGGCGCCACGCAAGCAGCCCCCGAAACCAGCCGGCCAGACACCCCCGGGAAGGCAGGUGCGCACGGGGGAGCAGGACCCGAGGCAGAGGGGGCGACUCCGGCAGGCCCCGUCCUGUCACCAGGCCUCCUCGCGUGCCAAGAUAGACAAGAAGUUCCAGGUGACCACAGCCAGGCUCUGCAUAGGACGGGGACCCUCACACCUGAGCGCUCCCGGGAGUCUGCGCUGCUCCAGGGACCAGACGCCAGGCCCACGGGGGCACCGCAGGCCCACGGCUCGUGCAGGUCACCCGCCGACACGGCCCCAGGGGAGUGUGGCAGUGCCUCGGGGCCCGGCUGCCCCGCGGUCAGCGGAGGGAGCCCUGUGACUGACAUCGACGGCCUCAUCCAGGAGCUGGCGGCUUCGGAAGGAAGUCCGCGGUCUCCGGACAAAGGGGACCGGGCGAGUCCAGAGGGCAGCUCGCGGGGCGCGCUUCCCGCGGCGGCCGGAGGGGGGCGUGCGGGCCGCGCCGAGCCGGGCACCGGUGCGCCCGCGCCCCUGCAGUGGGCCUCCCAGCCCUCCGUGUUGGAUUCCAUCAACCCUGACAAACACUUCACUGUGAACAAAAGCUUUCUGAGCAACUACUCAAGAAAUUUCAGCCCCUUUCAUGAGGACAGCACGUCCCUGUCCCUGUCGGGCCUGGGUGACAGCACAGAGCCGUCUCUCUCGUCCAUGUACGGCGACGCGGAAGACUCCUCGUCCGACCCCGAGUCGCUCCCUGGAGCCUCGCGAGCUGCCGCCCGAGCCAGCUGGUCCCCUCCUCGUUCUCGGGGCUCUUCUCCCAAGGAAGAGGCCACGGAGUCUGAGGAGGAGCAAAUUGAAAUUUGUUCCACCCACAGUCCCCCCAGCCCCGCCCCGACCGCAGCACACCCGCCUACCUGGGCAGCACCCUGCCCUACUCUGGCCGCAGCCGCGCCCCCAGCACACGGUGCCCCGAGCGAGGCCGCAGCUAGUCCCCGCGACGGGGCCUCCCCUGCAACCCCAGAUGCUGCCCAGCCGUCGGUUCUCCUGCAUGGAAACUCUCAGGGGCGCGCACCCCACGCAGACCUAAGGAUGGCACAGAAGCGCAGGUCCUUGUGUGAAGGAGCGGCGGUGGAAGCCAGCGGCAGUGGCUCAGCCGCGGAAAACGGCAGGGCUUCUUCUGACGCCGCCCGGCGUUCGCACAACCACGCAGUCCCUCUCGGCCCUCCUGGCGCGGUCAAUGGUUUGGGACAUGACUUACUGGAUGGUGAAAGCCCGGAUAAAAAAACAGAAACAAAAAUUAAUGCAACCGAAAGUCGGUCCUCCUCUCAUGUGGGUGCGCCUGAGAACGGGGAAUCUGUUUCGACUACCCUGCACAUCUCUGAGAGCCAAGACCCGGAUGACAUUCUGCAGAAGCCAAAAAUGGUCUCCAGGAGGCCCAUCAUGGCCUGGUUUAAAGAGAUCAAUAAAGGUCACCAAGGUGGGCACUUGCAGAGCCAAACGGAAAAGGAACAGUCGGCGGUGCCGGCCAGAAGUCCCGACUCCAAGAGCCAGGUGCUGAGCACGAACCACAGAAAGGGGGCUGCCGUGCCCAACAGUCCCCCUCAGCUGAAACUGAGUCUUGAAAAUAGAGAUGCACCUAGAAAAAGUUCAGUGGAAACCCUUCUAAGUAACUGUCAGAAAUCCAAGUGCGGCCCUAGGCUGAGGAGACUGAGCAUCAAGAGCAAAAGCAAAGGCGGCUCCGAGGCGCCCGCUGCUAACCCGCCCAAGGCCAGUGGGGCGGACCACAGGAGAUCCCUCGUCUCCCCCCAGGCCUCCCACAAAGUGCUUUCCAAGGCAGCACCACACCGGCUCCAGGGAGCCGACCACGAGGACCCCGGCAAAAACGCCACGGCCACCGUCAAGUCUCCCCAGAGUGUGCUGGACAGCAAGCCAGCCCCUGCGGCCCCGGGGUCCCUGAGGCCAUCGGCGUCGGACACAAGCAUCAGACCGUUCGUGCCGUCCCCGACCUCCCCCAAGGCUCCUCCCGAGCAAGGUGCGGGUGGGAGGUUCCACACGGCUGUCCACUCAGAACCCGACAGAGGCUGCCCGCCCACCCCCAGGUCGCCUAGGUGUGGGCCAGAGAGCAGGGAGGCGGCGGGGACGGGUCCCGCAGCCUCGAGGAGGAGCAGCAGCGUGUCCGUGUCCGCAGAAGAGGACUCACGGGAGCUCCCGCCUCCCGGGCAGGGCCAGCAGCUCUCAGCCAGCCAGACAGGUUUGGUACCCGAAGGAGCCCAGCCUGGGGUACCUGGCGACAGAGGAAGCCGAACAAUUGCUAGCGACCCCCCAGAAAGAACAAACCAGCUGAAAAUAGUUGAAAUUUCUUCUGAGAGAAUGCCAAAGCAAGCCUGGGGCGACGGGCCAGCCGAAAGUGACAGACCGGGCGGGUUCCUGGCCCCGAGCAACUCCCAGGAGAGGAGUGAAAUCGGACUCUGUCACCAGUCGGCGGAACCGUCCCCCGGUCGCCCACCCUCACCCACAGCGUCGCGUGCCUCCCAGGCGGAGCAGGAAAUGCAGCGCUCCUGGAGCAUGGCGAAACUGGCCGCCGCCUGCUCCCCGCAGCUGCCCGCUAAAAAGGCAGGCUCCUCUCCGGGAAGGUCGCGCCAGAUGUCGUCCGAGUCCCCAGGGACACCCAAGAAUGGCACACCGGGGGGCCCAGCGCUGGACGAGCAUCCCUACUUCAUGCCAAGGCCGGCGACCAGGACCUACUCCAUGCCUGCCCAGUUCACGAGCCAUUUUGGACGGGAAGGGCCCUCCCUGCCCAGCCCGGGUCGCUCCCAUCGGGACAGCCAGAUCCCUGCCACAAGCAGUGGCCUUCUCGAGGCCAAGGUGUCCCCCCGAGGCGGUGCUCUGGGCCUGGUUAACGGACAGGGCAUCUACAGUGUGAAGCCGCUGCUGGAGACGUCAAGGAACCUUCCGCCAGGUGACAGAGGGGAUGGCCUUUCCACGCAGGACACGAGCUGCCUCGUCACAGACAGAAUCAAGGUCACCAGGAGACAUUACUACCCUGAGCAGAACUGGCCCCAUGAAUCUACCUCAUUUUUCUCUGUGAAGCAGAGGAUCAAGUCCUUUGAGAACCUGGCCCACUCUGACCGGCCCACGGCCAAGGCUGGGGCUUCCUCUUUCCUGUCUGUGAGCUCCAAGCCUCCCAUCGGGAGGCGCUCUUCUGGCAGCGUGGCUUCGGGGGGCUUCGGCCUCCCCAGUGACCCAGCCGCAAGGUCACUGAGACGCAGCCUGAGCUCCUGCAGCGAGAGCCAGAGCGAAGCCGGCAGCCUCAUCCCGCAGAUGACCAAGUCCCCGUCCAGCAUGACGCUGAUGGUCUCCCGGCAGAACCUGCUGGAGGCCGGCGUCAAGGGCCCUGACACUGACCCGAAGAAACCCCCGGGGCCUUCCGGAAUCCCUGCCCCAGCAGUGCCACCGCCGGCUGCCCCCGUCAGGAGGAACAAGUGCUCGGUGCGCCACACCCAGCCCUCGCCCCUGUCCCGCUCUAAGCUCCAGGAACUGAGGGCCUUGAGCAUGCCUGACCUGGACAAGCUCUGCAACGAGGACUUCUCUGCAGGGCCCACGGCUGUGCUCUUCAAAACCGAGCUGGAAAUCGUGCCCAGGAGGUCGCCUGGCUCCCCGGCCGGGGGCCUCAACGGGUCCACUGCCCUUCUGUGCCCUGUGAAGGGCGGGGACAGGGCCUGUCCCGCAGGAAGCAGGCCUAAAGCUGGUGAGCCUGGGGCACCCAGUCCCACCGACAACGGCGAUGGGAGUGAAACCACCCAGGCUCCGCCUUCCGGAAAAAGCUGGUCAGUCAAUUUGGAUCAGCUUCUAGGGUCAGCAGGGGACCAGCAAAGAUUACAGGCCGUUUUGUCCUCGGUGAGGUCGAAAUCUACCAUCCUGGCUCUCAUGCAGGAGGCGAAAGCACAAUCAGAGAAUAAAGAAGAUGUUUGCUUCAUAGUCUUGACUAAAAGAGAAGGCUCAGGUCUGGGAUUCAGUGUGGCCGGAGGGUCAGAGGUGGAGCCGAAAUCGACUGUGGUCCACAGGGUAUUUUCUCAGGGGGCAGCUUCUCAGGAAGGGACCAUGCACCGAGGGGACGUCCUCCUGUCCGUCAACGGCACUUCGCUGGCAGGCUUGGCCCACGGGGACGUCCUGAAGGUUCUGCACCAGGCACAGAUGCACAAAGAUGUCCUCGUGGUCGUCAGGAAGGGAAACGGCCAGCCCAGGCCCUCCACCCGGCAGGAGCCACCCACCGCCAACGGGAGGGGCUCGCUGUCCAGGAGGACCGUCCCCCUGGAGCCUGGAGUGGGGAGAAGCACAGCCGCACACGACGCUCUGUGCGUGGAAGUGCUGAAGACCGCGGCCGGGCUGGGGCUGAGCCUGGACGGAGGGAAAUCGUCCGUGUCCGGGGACGGGCCUCUGUUCAUCAAACGCGUGUACAAAGGCGGUGCAGCCGAACAAGCCGGAACCAUAGAAGCCGGGGAUGAAAUCCUUGCCAUUAACGGGAGACCCCUGGUCGGGCUCCUGCACUUCGACGCCUGGAACAUCAUGAAGUCUGUCCCGGAGGGACCCGUGCAGCUAGUGAUCAGGAAGCACAGGAAUUCUUCAUGAAACCAGCGCGAGCAGUGACGCUCCCAGUUCUGGACAAGAAUCACCUUUCCUCUGUUCCCUCCGGACCCUAGCAAAUCAGACUGACUUCUUGACGCCGCAGCCUCCCGAAACAGCAGAGGAACGCUGGCGCGGGCAAGGACUCCAAAAAUCUCCACAUUGUUACCGACAGAUGAAGCUCGACUCUGGAAGCUUUCCACCCAGGCCAGGAGGGUCCGUUGUGUCCCGGUGCUGGGCCCCCAGCUUUCACUUUUCCUGGUGGGGCUACAGAUGUGGCCCGACGCCCUCCCCCCAACACCCAGCUGGGCCUUUGUUCCCCUUCCGCCACCUCUCCCCACAUACCCCACCCGCGCAGCUGGGGAGCCUGCAGAGUCGGAGGGCCGCACAGCUGUCAUGACUGAACAGACUCUGGAUUUACAUAAUUUCCUAAGUAACCAAGCUUCAGGCACGUUCAGUGGAGAGAGCCGUGGUCUGUAUGUUACCCUGAAAAGGAGACUUAAAAAUAUAUACAUAUAUAUAAGAAUCAAUUAUGACCUAAUGGUUAGGCUGAGCUCAGGAAUUAUCCAAAAAGGAAAAAGCAGAAUCCAGGAAGUGGUGUUUUUUAGUGAGUGUAAUGUGCAAUGUGUGGAUGCAGAGCACAGCUCAGUGGGUCACUGAGCGCCGCGAAGUGCUGGUCGUAACCUAGGAGGAGUGUAGGUCGUAAGGCUCUUUUACAGAAACGCAGUUCUGAUGAACUGCACUCGAUAGCCAUGAACUUUGCUGCUUACGGUGAGCAGGAAGUUCCAGCUCUGAAAGCACCUUGUAUCCAGUUUGGAACCGGCCUUGAAUUCAAGCACGAGUUCAAGACUGGCCAACACAGGAGCAGGCGGAACCGCUGCAGUCUCUGGGUUUCUAUGCCUGUAUUUUAUGUACUCCAACCAGUAAGUUCAAUUUUUAGAGAUCAAAUACCUUUUUAGUGUCCUUGGAUUUAUAAACAUAGGCAUUAUAUUUACAAUCCAAAUACAGGAGCUUAAGAUAAUUCUUGCAAGGGACUUUUUUUUGCGUUCUUUCCCCUUCCCAGCAAGCUUUAAAAAAAAAUGGGGCUGUUUUCUAAGCAUUGGAUCACUUUUGCUGACCUGGGUGUAAUGACAUACCUCUGCAGUGACUGAAGUUUUUGCUAUUUUUGUCUGUUUUGCAAAGUCUUCCUUUUGCCCAGCUGCUGUCUUACAGAACACCAUUGUGACUCACGCUGCUUGUGAAACUUGUCCCAGCUGCUCUCCUUUCAAAGCAGGAUCUUCGUCGGUGCUGUUCCUUGUCACAAAAUUGGCUUUUCUCCCCCUCGUACUUCUCAUCAGCUUCAUUCACCAAAGAGUAGUGAGGAGGAGAAUGGAGAACAAGAGCAAGUCCCUCUUUCAAGGUAAAGGAGCAGGACUGUGUAGUUACGAUCCAGAUCCUCAGGGUGGGGCACAGGCUAGCUGACUGAGUUCAGGGAGUACAGGUGGGACUGCACACCUGUGCACAUCACGACGCUAAGGUUUCAUGUUGGAGCGUCUUUAACUGACCUGCAGCUGGGGUCCAUGGCUUAGAGGAGGAACUCGGGUCCUUACAGCCCCAAUCACGGAGGCACUUGAGCCAUCACCUCUGUCCACCAUGUUUCUGCGCGACUGAUCCCAGUAAACCUCUGUGCACCUGGCCCAGAGGGGCGUCUGAGAUGGGAGCGAAAUAUCUGCUUGGUGUGAGCCUCCAUUUCUCAUUUUUUUUUAACAGGCUAUACAAACGGAAAUGUAGUACAGGAAUUAGCAGAGGCCUGGUUAAUUUAGCUUCUACUUUUCACUAGAAUUCCACGUAGGCUACUAUAGAACUUCAGUGCAAGGUGCAUGCUAGGUUGUUUUCAAGUCUCUGGGGGGUCAGUUUUGUGGUUUGUUUUCUUUGACACGAGACUCUCCGAAGUCAACGCUGCAAACUCUCUCUCAGCCUCCACGCUCCAGCUGUGCUGCUGAGCAGGGCCGUCCCCUGUGACCAGGCAGGGCUUCCGGGGCGGUGCCGAGCGGGGCGGGAGUGGGGGUCUCCCUCGAGAGUGUCUGCCCCUCGCUCGCACCGCAUGGGCGGACGUCUGGCUCACCAGACUCUGUCCAGGGCAUCAGCCAUCUCUCGUAGAUCUCGCCGGAAGGAUUCCCUGGCAGACAGCGGGAACAUAAGGGAGCAAGCAGAAGCGAAACCGUUUUUGACCCUAAGAUGAUAGAGAGCUACUUAUUUGUCUUCCGUGUUCGAGGCAUGACUAGUGUUUCUAAUUAGUCUAAUGAAUUCCCACACUUCCUGCAGUGAACACUAAUGGUAUUGUCCCACUGAAACGCUCAUUGUUUUGGUUUUUGACUGGUUGGUCGUUCGCAAUAAGCUAUGAGGGUAAGUGUGUGUUAUGCUACGUAAGUCAUAGUUCCAGGGUAGACCGUGACGGGUGGAGUAGGUCGAGUUCGUCUCCGUUCUGCCACACACAUCUCAUGUAACUCUGUUUGACCUAACUGGCGCCACACCUGUUGUAUGAUAUACAUGAUUCUUUAUUUAUGUAAAAUAAAAAUGCCUUAUAUUAUUAAAGAGUUAAGUGCAAUAAUAUGAAAUAGCCUGUACAUUUUAAAAUGUUGUCACUGUUAUGUAAACCCACAUCUCUGUAAACAACCUUUUGUAAGUAAUUUUAAAAAAAUAAACACUCUGCUUACUAGUU